GCGCGUGGGGACCCCCCCCCCCCGUCCUCCUCCCACGCGGGAUCUGCGUGGGCAGGGCCCCGAGCCCACGCGGGGAGCAGCAGCCGCGCCCCGGGCGGCUCCGGUGCGGAGCCCGGCGGUGCCCACGCGGGACCGGGAGCGCGCGGGGACCGUCCCCGGCAGCCGCUGUCCCCGCGUCCCCGCGCCCUGACACCCGUCACACCCCGGUGCCACGUCCCGUGGGGUCCCAGCACCGAGUCGCCGAGCCCGUGGGGUCGCAGCCCCGGUGCCACCGCGUCACCGCCUGUCACCCGGUGUCACCCGCGGUGCCGCCCCGCCGCCGCCGCGCCCCGCAGGCCCAGGCCACCAUGCCGCUGGGACGGGACGGGCCCGGCUGGAAGACGACCGAGGACAUCCGCCGCAUCUACGACUUCCGAGAGGUCCUGGGCACCAGGGGGCCUUUUCCGAGGUGGUCCUGGCGGAGGAGAAGGCGACCCAGAAGCUGGUGGCCAUCAAGUGCAUCGCCAAGAAGGCGCUGGAGGGGAAGGAGGCCGGCCUGGAGAACGAGAUCGCCGUCCUGCACAGGAUCAAGCACCCCAACAUCGUGGCCUUGGAUGACAUCUACGAGAGCAGCAGCCACCUCUACCUCAUCAUGCAGCUGGUGUCGGGGGGGGAGCUCUUCGAACCGCAUCGUGGAGAAGGGCUUCUACACCGAGCGCGACGCCAGCGCCCUGAUCCGGCAGAUCCUGGACGCCGUCAGGUACCUGCACGACAUGGGCAUCGUGCACCGCGACCUGAAGCCUGAGAACCUGCUGUACUACAGCCUGGAGGAGGACUCCAAGAUCAUGAUCAGCGACUUCGGGCUCUCCAAGAUCGAGGGCUGCGGCAGCGUCAUGUCCACCGCCUGCGGGACCCCCGGCUACGUGGCCCCCGAGGUGCUGGCGCAGAAGCCCUACAGCAAGGCAGUGGAUUGCUGGUCCAUCGGGGUCAUCGCCUACAUCCUGCUCUGCGGGUACCCCCCGUUCUACGACGAGAACGACGCCAAGCUCUUCGAGCAGAUCCUGCGGGCCGAGUACGAGUUCGACUCGCCCUACUGGGACGACAUCUCGGACUCGGCCAAAGACUUCAUCCGGCACUUGAUGGAGAAGGACCCCAAAAAGCGCUUCACGUGCGAGCAAGCCCUACAGCACCCCUGGAUCGCCGGGGACACGGCCCUGGACAAGAACAUCCACCAGUCGGUGAGCGAGCAGAUCAAGAAGAUUGCUAAGAGCAAGUGGAAGCAAGCCUUCAACGCCACGGCCGUGGUGAGGCACAUGAGGAAGCUGCAGCUGGGAACCAGCCAGGAGGGCCCCGGGCAGCCGACGCUGAGCAGCCCCUGCCACGGCCAGCGCCUGGGGGGGGGCUCCAGCAACGGGUCGGACUGCGAGCGGGCGCCGGCGAACAGAACCCCCCGGUUGCCCCCCCACUGAGGGCCUGGCCCCCGCCCGCACAGCUCGGUGCUGGGGGGCCGGGGGGGGGCACAGCUGGAUGGGGCAGGGUGUUUGGGGGGGCGGGGAGGUCCGUGCGGGUCCUGUCCCCGACACAGGCUGUGGUGCUGAGGCAGGGGGUGCCCAGCCUCCCGGACC